AAAAAGCAUAGUUUUCUGUGACAAGGUAAACAAACCGAAACAAUACUCCUAGCCAGCGCAACUCUCAGUUCGAAAUAAUCUUCACGCCUGGCUGUAACUAAUGGAGAAUUCAAGGAGGCAUGACAAAUCCAUUCCCUAGGCCAAGAACUCCGCGGACAGCGUGGCACUAGUUACUAAGUCGCCGUCACAUAAUCCCAAGAUAGCCACUAUAUAGUUUGUAAUACACACACACACACACAUUCGUCGGCCGAUGGGCAGCAGAAUGGCAGAUAGUGCAGGGAGCGUUAUCACCAUCAAUGGUGGUCCGUCGGCGGGAAGUUCCCCGCCCUCGCAGCGGAAAUCCUCGUCGUCGGAAUCUCCACCGGAACUGCGAAUCCUGUGCUUCGACCUCACCUUCUACAAUCGCACCACCCAAUUCCUGCUGAGCUGCGCGGGCGUUUUUAUCCUGUACAUCCUGUACGGCUACCUGCAGGAGCUCAUCUUCACGGUGGAGGGAUUCAAACCCUACGGAUGGUUCCUCACCCUCGUCCAGUUCGGUUACUACAUCGGCUUCGGCCUGGUGGAACGCCGGUUGGAGGGCUACCGGAUAAGCGGUGGAUCCUUUUGGAACAUUGAGCCGGAGCCACGUUGCAUUCCGAUGAAAACGUACCUGGUUCUGGCUGCUCUCACCCUGGGCACCAUGGGUCUGUCCAACUCUAGCCUGGGCUACCUGAACUACCCCACCCAGGUGAUAUUCAAGUGCUGCAAGCUCAUUCCCGUUCUCGUGGGCAGCAUCCUCAUCCAAGGCAAGCGCUACGGACUGCUGGACUUUGCGGCAGCCACCUGCAUGUGCAUCGGACUGGCCUGGUUCACGCUGGCCGACUCCCAGAUGACGCCCAACUUCAAUCUGCUGGGCGUGGCCAUGAUCUCGGGAGCGCUGCUCUGCGACGCGGCCAUCGGCAAUGUCCAGGAGAAGGCCAUGCGGGAGCAUAAGGCGCCCAGCAGCGAGGUGGUCUUCUACUCCUACGGCCUGGGAUUCGUGUAUCUCUUUGUGAUCAUGUUGGUUACCGGCAACUUCUUUAGCGGCUUUGCCUUCUGCUUGGAGCAUCCUCUGGAGACCUUUGGCUAUGGCUUCCUGUUCAGCCUCUCUGGCUACCUGGGCAUCCAGUUUGUGCUGGCCCUGGUGAGGAGCAGUGGGGCUCCCAUAGCUGCCACAGUGACCACCGCUCGCAAGGCUGUGACCAUAGCCUUUUCCUUUGUGCUCUUCAGCAAGCCCUUUACACUGCAAUAUCUUUGGUCUGGCCUUAUCGUUGUCCUGGGCAUCUAUCUCAACGUGUACAGCAAGAAGAAUAAGCUGACUUUGGCCGACAUCCGGCAAAGAUUUAAGCAGUUCGGAGCCAAGAUUGCACGCUCACCGAGUCGCAAAUUCCUCAUCGAAGUUUAGUUUGAUACCAAAAACAUGAUCUACAUUUUAGUCGAAUUGGAACAAACGUUUUCUGCAAGAAAACCAAUCACUGUAAUUACUUAAUUAUAUGCUAAACAACUCCGUA